AAACAAUGGAAAAGUACGCGCUUGCCUCUUGUUGUCUGUGUAAAUUGCUUCUCAUUCUCACCACCCAACCUCUAGGAGACGGGUCGAUCCACGAAACAUACUGUCGCGUUUGCUUCCGCGAGAAGAACCUGGAGCCUUGUCUGACCUGUCGACUGGCAUUCCACACCGACUGUCUGCCGACCGGUUGGAUACGAGACGCCGACUACCACAUGUUCUGCUCUGUCUGUGUCCGGCGCGAGUGGCAUAUCUCUCCGCCGACAUUGACACCUCCUGCCUCACCGCGACUGACGGGGGUAGAGACGUCUGAUGCAGCCCCCGCCGCCUCUCCAGCUGUCCACCACAACACUCUGUCUUCUACGUCAUUGCAUUAUACCGAUCUAACGCAACCUAAACCGCUCAUCAUCUCCCCGCUCCCCGAACAUAGCAUCACCCUUCAACCCAAUCCAGCCAGCGACACCACGAUCACAUCAACCCAUAUCCCCGUCACAUACCCCGACCCAUCCCCCCCGCCAGCCCGCCGCAACCGCAAAUCUCGGUACACGAAUCUCCCCGCCGACGUCGACGCCUCGCUGAACGUCCUCUACCGCGAGCUGGAGUCGAACGCGUCGCUGCGGCUCGAGAACGAAGAGCUGCGCGAGGAGAAUCUGCGGUGCCAGCAGAUUAUCCAGAUCCGGGAUCUAAGCCUGACGGCGCUGCGGCGCGAAUUAGAGUAUCGACGGUCUUCAGAAAAAGAGAUGGAGACGCUGCGCACGACGGCGGCGCAACUGGAAGGCGCGAGGAAGGAAGUGCAGGAGCUGCAGGCGCGGAAUGAGGCAUUGGAGGCGGAGUUGGAGACGUCGAGGCAGGAGGCGGCUGAGGCGAGGGAGAUGGUGAGUGACUGGAAGGCGAAGCUGUCCACGCUGUUGGGGAGUUGAUCAUAUACUGAAACUACUGGGAUGGCUUAUGCCGUUUGGGGCUUGGAUUUGUAUAUAAAGACAUGAUUCUCGUUCUUUGGCAAUCGUAAGAACCUCGUAGAAGACUCUG